GCAGCAGCAGCAGCCCGGGCGCCCGCACACUCCGGCCGAGGGGGCUGCGGUCCGCGCGGGGCCGGCGCCGCGGCGGCCAUGCGCCCGCGCUGCUGGGGGCCGGCGGCGCUGCUGCUGCCGGCGCUGCUGGCGCUGGGGCUCGGCAGCCUGCUCGCCGCCAAAGUGAACAAACACAAACCCUGGAUUGAGACAUCCUACCAUGGGAUCAUAACAGAAAACAACGACACUGUGAUUUUGGAUCCUCCCCUCGUUGCUUUAGAUAAAGAUGCGCCUGUUCCCUUUGCAGGUGAAAUCUGUGCUUUUAAAAUCCACGGGCAAGAAAUGCCCUUUGAAGCUGUUGUGCUAAACAAGACAUCCGGAGAAGGUCGUCUUCGAGCAAAAAGUCCUAUUGACUGUGAGCUGCAGAAGGAGUACACAUUCAUCAUCCAGGCCUAUGACUGUGGAUCAGCACCAAGUGGAACAAACUGGAAGAAAUCUCACAAGGCAGUGGUCCAUAUCCAGGUAAAGGAUGUCAAUGAGUUUUCACCAGCUUUCAAGGAGAGUGCAUAUAAGGCCACAGUGACGGAGGGAAAGAUCUAUGAAAGUAUCCUACAAGUAGAAGCCCUGGAUGAGGACUGUUCUCCACAGUACAGCCAGAUAUGCAAUUAUGAAAUUGUCACAACAGAUGUUCCUUUUGCCAUUGACAGAAACGGUAACAUCAGAAACACUGAGAAGUUGAGCUUCGAUAAGCAGCACCAGUAUGAGAUAAUGGUAACAGCUUUUGACUGUGGGCAAAAACACGCAACCGAAAAUGUCUUAGUACAGGUUAAUGUCAAACCAGUGUGCAAACCAGGCUGGCAAGACUGGAACAAACGUAUUGAAUACAAGCCUGGUUCUGGCAGCAUGCCUUUGUUUCCUAGCAUUCAUCUAGAAACAUGCGAUGGACCAGUUUCCUCGAUCCAUACCACCAUUGAAUUGCAGACCAAUUACAUUGGAAAAGGCUGUGAUCGCGAGACAUACUCAGAAAAAUCUCUGCAGAAGCUAUGUGGAGCAUCUUCAGGUGCCAUUGACCUGUUACCGUCUCCUAGUGCAACAACUAACUGGACGGCUGGGCUUCUCAUGGACAACAAUGACAUGAUUUUUAAAUUUGAUGGAAAGCAAGGAGCCAAAAUUCCAGACGGAAUAGUUCCAAAGAAUUUAACUGAUCAAUUCACCAUCACUAUGUGGAUGAAACACGGACCUAGCCCAGGAUUAAGAGCUGAGAAAGAGACUAUUCUCUGCAACUCUGAUAAGACAGAGAUGAACCGACAUCACUAUGCCCUGUACGUGCACAACUGCCGGUUGGUGUUUCUGCUGCGGAAGGACUUUGACCAGGCUGACACUUUCCGCCCUGCAGAGUUCCACUGGAAACUGGAUCAGAUUUGUGAUAAAGAAUGGCAUUACUAUGUUGUCAAUGUUGAGUUUCCCAUUGUUACCUUAUACAUGGAUGGAACAACAUAUGAACCUUACCUUGUGACCAAUGAUUGGCCUAUUCACCCUUCACACAUAGCCAUGCAGCUGACAGUCGGUGCUUGCUGGCAAGGAGGUGAAGUCACCAAACCCAGGUUUGCUCAGUAUUUCCAUGGCAGCCUGGCCAGUCUUACAAUCCGGCCUGGCAAAAUUGAGAGUCAGAAAGUGAUUUCCUGUUUGCAGGCCUGCAAGGAAGGUCUGGAUAUUAAUUCUCUUGAGAGUCUUGGACAAGGAAUAAAGUAUCACUUCAACCCUUCCCAGUCAGUCCUUGUCAUGGAAGGAGAUGACAUUGAGAAUAUAAAUCAAGCUCUCCGAAAGGUCUCAUACAUCAACUCUAGACAGUUUCCUACCGCAGGCGUACGGCGUCUCAAAGUCUCAUCUAAAGUCCAAUGUUUUGGUGAAGAUGUCUGCAUUAAUAUCCCAGAUAUAGAUGCGUAUGUAAUGGUGUUUCAGGCCAAUGAGCCCAAGAUUACAGUAAGUGGGAUGGACCACUUUGCUAGACCAGCUGCACAGUUUGAAACCGAAACAGGUGUUACUCUGUUACCUGACAUCAGGAUUGUCAGCACAGUCACUAAAAUGGAGUAUCCGGUGGACUUAAAAGAAAAUGACAGAGCUAAUAAGCCAGUUGUAUUAGAGGAAAUGCUUCACAACUUGGAUUUCUGUGAUAUUUUGGUCAUUGGCAUGGAACUAGAUCCUGAAAAAGAGUGUUUAGAACUAGAUCAUGAGGCGCUUCAAGGAAAACAUCUAGAUGCCACAAAUUCCACAGCAGGAUAUUCAAUCUAUGGUGUGGACACCAUGCACAACUAUGAACAGGUUCUUCGGCAGAUUCGAUAUCGUAAUUGGUACACUUCUGCCACCUUUGACAGAAAGUUCAGAGUUAAGUGCUCAGAGCUAAAUGGGCGUUACACCAGCAAUGAAUUUAAUGUGGAGGUUAAUAUUCUACACAGCUCCAACUCCAACUUUAUGGACCAUGUAAAUCAUAUGAUGGUACAGCCACAAUUUCUCCAGCCUGUCCACCACCCAGAGGGAAGCAUCAGUGCUUCUCACAGCUCAGUUGUUCCAAGUGUGGCUACUGUUGUUAUCAUAAUCUGUGUGAGCAUACUCGUUUUCAUCAUAGCCUUGGGAGUCUACAGAAUUCGGACAGCUCAUCAGCACAGUUCCACAGACAAUGAAGGAAGUAAAGAAAAUGAAAUGGACUGGGAUGAUUCUGCUUUGACUAUUACCGUCAACCCCAUGGAGAAAUAUGAAAAGCCUCACCAGGCAGAAGAAGAGAGUGAGGAGGAAGAAGAGGCAGAAGAUGAAGACACAACCAGUGCUGAAUCAGAUGAAAGUGAAGAGGAGGAAGAGGAGGAAGAGGAGGAGGAGGAAGUGAUUGUCCAAAAGGGAGACAAACAGAAUGCCACCAGGCAAGAGCAGUUGGAGUGGGAUGAUUCAACACUCCCCUACUAAGAGCCCUCCUGCCACACUGAUCCUUUUGUAAACACCAAUACAAUGUUUUUUCAGAGUCUAUGAAUUCAUUGACAGGAUUUGAACUUCUGCUUGCCUAUAACUGUUUUUGCCUAAAAUGAUUUUGUUGUAGUAAUUGAAAACGAUAGAACUGACCCUCUUCCUAGGUGUAAGUUCCAAAGCCUGGAGAAAACACAGUACAAACAUACUGGCAUCACCGAUAAUAAAGUAAUCUGGAACUUGAUCUAUUAGCUCAGUCCUCAAUUUCCUGUUUCUGUACCACAGAUAUGUGACAGAAGUCCUGUCACUCAAUCCAUAGAGGUUUUUGCCUUUGCUAUUUUUUCAUAAAGGAGAGAUUUCAGCUUGUUAUGAAGAUUUACUUGUGUGGGUCCAAAUAACACAGUUGCCAUUUGGCUUCAUAAUCUUACAUGUGUAAACUAUAAUCCACCUUCAAAUUAAUUAGGGCAGAGUUCUAGUGCCACAGGUGACAGAGAUGGAAUUCCAUUUGUCUUCUCUUCUUGCCUUCUUGGAUGUUAACUGUCUUCUACAAGGUGGUAUUAUUUAGGACUUGCCAUAGGAUGCAUGUGUGCCUGUGUAGAAAUGGACAGUGUAUUUUUCAGAAAUGCUGUCAGAACCCUGAAGAUGGGUUUUAUCCAACCCACCCAGGAAAACUUACCAGAGAGUUUUAAAAAAAACAGCACGAGGGGAUGCUGAAAGUUACCAAAAAAUACAAAUCAUUCUAUGGCCCCAGAUUGAGUAAUACUGUCUGAGGCAAAAUGUAAAUUCUAAUGGUAGUGAUUUACUGAAAAACCUGUAGAGCUGCUCAUUAGUUAUGGAUUCGGCAAUUUUCAGCAAAUCAAUGCUUUACAGUCUGUCUUGUAAAAUCAUUAGCUUGCUACAGUAUCUUACUAAAGAAGCAGAAAACAAGUGCUGCCCAUUAUUCAAUAGGUAUGUGUGGUGGGGAUUUAACCAAUGAUUUUACGUGAGGAAAAUGUUCCUUUUGCUUUACUGAAUAAUACCAGCUUGAAUUCCUGUCUGGCUUUAUUCUAUAAACAUUAUGCCCUACUUCCUUUGUACCCUUACCCACGAAAACAGUGGCACAAGAGAAAGUGACAAACAUCAUAGACAACUGUCAGCUCUCUUUCAUGCUCAUAACUCUUUUCAUCUUCCCGAAGCCAUUAUCAUUGAUAAAAUGUUUUAUAAAGUAGAACAAGAACAAAUAAAACCUACUUGGAACCAAAAGAAGUUAGUUAAAAAAAAAGUAGUUUAAAAAAAAAAACUCUUAAAAGGUUGUGAGAGUAUUUUAGUUUGUUACAGUAACACAGCAUAUUUUUCUUAAGCACUGUUCAAAGAGUUUAAAAAGCAAACAAAAAAAGAAAACAAAGCUAUGUAUAACGUGUUGGUAAGUCUGUGUGGUGUGUUUUCUGUCCCCAUUCCUUAAUAAUUUUGUAUCUUCAAAUGAUCUGCAUACCCAAUGAUACAGCACUUUCUAGGAUAACUAUUCUAAUGCAUAAAAACAAAAUGGCAUGGAAGUGAAUGUUGCCUUGUGGCUUUUCUGCUUUUUCCUAAAUAUUUCCUUUUCUUCACAGUUUCAUCACUGACUUUUGUUUUUGUUUUUGUAAUUUGCUCUUUAAAAUGAACCACUUCCACCUCUCUCCCAAGGAAACAAGUAGGCAGUCAGCCCUGCCCCAGCAGGACUUUACUGGGUGCCUGUGACUGACUGGCAGUUGAUCCUGCAAAGAGCAACACUUUCUCUUAGCGUCUGAGCAAUCUGGAGGGUAGCCACCUCUCAAUACUUUAUCUGUUUGUUAGCUCCCUAGCUCAUGCAGGGCUUGCAAUGUAACAUGCAUUCGGGGGGUGGGGGGGGGGGGGGGGGUGUCUGUGUCUUUUUUUCUUAAUUCCAGUUACUGGAUCUGAUAGCUGUCAGGAAAGGUUGACAGCAACUGGACCUUAAACAAAAAAGGGAAUGAAAAGACUCACCUAAAUGUCUUUAAAAAUUAGAGAUCUUUAGGCUAUUUAUUUUAUGCUGAGGGACCUGGCACAUUACUGUGCCAUCAGAUCAGUGGACACCUUUCAGGUUGUUUGACAUUUUUAACCCAAGGCUGGAAAAAGCUGCAAAACCUACAAGUGCAAAUUCAAGGCAGUGAUACAAUAUAUUACCCAAAUUAAUGUAACUAAGUUGCUUUUUCUGAUCAAUAGCUCACAUUUCCUUUUCACUUCUACCCCUUCCACAGAUAUUUUAUCUCUGCAAGCAAAUCUAAAGAUGCACAGUUGUUGAGAUCAGUCUCAAAAUGUACUACAUCGGCUGACACCAGUUCAAAUUAGAAAUAGACAUGUAGGGUUCUUGACAUCUUUAAUAUUAACUAAAAUAAAAUGUUGUUGCUUGUUCUAGAAUAUUUCUUCAUUCAAACAGGCAAUAGUAUGCUGCAAUGGUGGCUCAACUGCUUUUUUAAGUUGUGGGGACUCUUCCCACACUGAGAGCUACUCUGCUAGUGCAGUGUAUUUCCCUUUGCAGUGUGCUGUGGUGAUGGGCUUGGUGCAAACGUCCACCAUCUGUACCUUGUGCAGGAGGUAAUUAAGACUCAGAAGGCAUCAGAGGCUUAUAAACUUCUUCUGGUGGGGAUGGAAUCCACUGUCCUCUUAACAGGAGCUGCCUUUCCUAACCCUAAGUUGAGGCAAAAGCAUGGACCAUGAGUAGCCUCAGGUUAGGAUUACUCAGAGGAUAAUUCUAGUAGCUGCCCUCACUUUCUUUUGGCAGCCCCUUCUGAACCCUGCACCUAAUUUAUGGCUCAGCUGUCUCUUUCUCUGAAUUGCAAACAAGUAGCAGCUGUAGGGUUUUUGUUGUUGGUGGUGGUGGUUUUGGGGUUUUUUGUUUGUUUGUUUGUGGGGUUUUUUUUUUUUUUAACCUGGUGGGGAUCCCAGCAGGCCAGGCCAGGACACAUCCUCUUCUGUAUGGCUUGGUGCCUCCACCACCAUCCAUGCUUAGAACAGGAAAAAACAGAAGGACUUUUUUACAGAGGUGAUUGGGGGUAAAGGUCUGGGGAGAUGCACUUACCUCAAAUGGAGGAGUUGCUCCUAGUAGCCUGGAAUAGACAUAAUAAUACAUAAAUUAAGGCUGUUUGGAAAGCGAGAGAGAAGGAAUUGAACUGUGAGGACAUCCGUAAGGCUAAAAAAAGCUCUUCUUCCCUUAAUUCACAGAUGCUGACUUGAUUUACUUGAAGUAAAUCCAUACCAGUUUUUGUAUGCUUACUGAAAAUGACAAUAAAACCUCUUAGCUGUUCAAUUUCCACAAAAACAAUUUCAAGGAAUCUAGCUGGAGGGAAAGGAACUAAGCACUUAAAAAAAAAAAAAAAAAAUUCCUGUCUGACAUCAUGAUUAACAUCCUGAGGGUUUGUGGGUUUUUUUUUUUUUUUUUUGCAAAUUUUCUUCUUUGUGGAGUGUAGAUUUUUUUUUUUCCCCCCCUAGGUGUAUACUGUUUCUGGACUAGUCUUAAAAUGCACCAAUAGGUUAACAGCAACAGCAAGAGAACAGUUGUCUGGCAGGAGAAAGAAGGGGGGGGGGGGGGGGGAACGUAUUCUAUCUUGUAUGAUGGUGCUUUAAAUAUAGUUAGAUAUUUGCCUUAUGUUUCUUGAUGAAAUCCUGGUGUUGAAAAAAAUACUAAUUUCAUGAAAUAAAAUUUUUGACAAAUUU